AAACUGUUAUUUUUUUUUAUUUUUUUUUUAUUGUUAUCUUGUGGAGAGUAAGUGAACGGUCCCACUGUACCCCUUCCCCACACCACGCACAACAUACGAUUUACUUUUUUAAAAUUAUUUUUAUUUUCCAAAUCAGUAUCAACACCUGACAGUAAACCAAUAAAAUCUGGCCACAUGCAACGUUAAGCUUGCAUUUUCUGGUCGUCGUAGAAAGGUCCUCCACAAGUGUAUCCGCGCGUUGUAGAUUUCGUUACGUGAGCGCAGUUUAGGUCGCUGUCCAGCUACCAUGGCAUCGUCCACGCUCUUCUUGCUGUGCCUCAUGGCGCCUCUCCCGAUGUUCUUGUCUCAACAGAGCCCAGAGGGUGCCGAUGUUCGAGUCCUCACCGAAGAACAGUUCUGCGAGCUGCUCAAGAAGUUGUCCAGCUUGGCUGAAGGUAGGCUAUAUCUACAGAUUUAUUUCAUUGUCCGUACUUCUCCGGUCUUUUGUUAAACACGCAUUCCAAAAAAUGCAAUCUAAAAAUGAAUGCUAAAUACUGUAUCUUAUUGGCUAUUAGUUUUUACAGCUGUUUUUUUUUUGUUUUUUUUGUUUUUUUUGUUUGGUAUUCAUGGCGAUGGACAUGCUGACUGUCAACGUUACCAAUUUUAUGGGUUAUAAGAUUUUGAACCCAUGGCUCGAGUCCUACUAUUGAAACGUUGUUCCUGUACUUUUUCCAAGAAAUAUAAACUAAAUAUACCUAUUUAUGUCGGGGGGGGGGGGGUUCUUGGGUGAGUUCCCACACUUUUCGCCAGGGCUUGACCCCUGCAUUUAUUUGCAUGUUUUUAUUAUUUUGUUUUGUUUAAACAGUCUUGAUGUUGUUAUCCAUAUAAACUAAAUAUACCUAUUUAUGUCGGGGGGGGGGGGGUUCUUGGGUGAGUUCCCACACUUUUCGCCAGGACUUGACCCCUGCAUUUAGUUGCAUGUAUUUAUUAUUGUGUUUUGAUUAAACAGUCUUGAUGUUGUUAUCCAUGUACAUUGUGUGUGUGCUGCUCCGUGUCUCCCGAUUCCAUCAAGCACAUGCCUAUAAUGCUGAAUGGUUCGGUCGACCCUGGCGUAACAGUGAGUACCAAAGCAAAACAGAACGGUGAGAAAUGAUUCAAGGCAUUAAUGUAAACAGAGAGCUGUCACCACACCAAAUGAACUCAUUUUGAUGCCUGUCGGACUAAUGGCAUAGCCGUCCUAAACGAGGGGCGACGGGGCAUAGGACCCGGGUGCCUCUAUGGGGGGGGGUGGUUUUAAAAAGUAUUUAUUUUAUGCAAACAAACAUACAUGCAUCUUUCAGAGGAGGGCGUGAAAAUUUAAUAUUGCGCCCCGGGCGCAUCUUUCACCUGAUACUAUACUGAUAUAAGUAAGAUUAUUUGCCGUAUAUUUAUCGUCCACUUCCAUCCUCCCAACCCGAAAGAUAAUCAGCCACUGGAUACCACGACCUGCUCCACAUGUAGGAAUAGUAAACCUCUGUGAAAUUUUUUUUGUUUUGUUUUUUAAUCCUAAGACUGAGAUACCAUUUGUAACAUUCUCUGAGUGGGAGAAAAUUUGACGCUCUCUUGUGAGGUGGACGCUGAAACAAUGUAUUAACUAUUUGAAUCCCCAUCGGGCACUUACGACCGGUUGGGUGGGGAGGGAGAGCGACAAUUUAACCCGGGUCUGUCUUUACUUAAAUGUAACAUUACCCUACUUAUAUAGCGUUCAGUUUCUCCCAUCGCUAAAUCUGUUGAUGUCAAACUACAUCAUGGACAAAGUGAAUCAUAUUUGUUUUUUCAGAGUUUACAGGUUUUUUUUUUUUUAAUUUUAUUUUUGUUAUAUUUUUUUUAAUUGUGUGUCUUGCAGUAGUUAUACAUAGAUGAUUAUUAUUUUCAUAAACUGGAGUCCAUCUUUUUCUACCUCUGUGUUUAUUUAUUGUUUCUUUUAAAAUUUAAUUUUCAUUUUUUUAAAUUCCAAAAUUAAUGGUCUAAUUUCAAUUUUUUUAAUUCCCUUCUAUUUAAAGCACUUUCAAUAAUAAAAUUUAAAAAUUGUUAUUGCUCCACUAUAGGCAUCAAGUGCAGCGAUCUGUUUGAAAAUGAAGACAUAGUCCGGAACAUAGCGGAUGCGAUCUCCCGAAAACCUCCGACCACCGAGCCUCUCCAACGGGACGACAACAUCGAGCUGAACCAUCUUCUGCUGGCAUUCCUAACCGAGCACGUCAAAAACCUUGUCGAAGACGCCGGGCAUGAACCUCCGGCCGAAAUGUCAGCGGUGAGGGCGGGCAGGGCCGCAGCUGACACCGAGGCCCGACACCUUUCGAGGCGCAGGGAAAGACAUCGACACAGAAAUGGCGGGAGGGGCUCCCACGAAAGGCACGGUGGUGACUGGAGAGGCGGUGUUGUACCACCACCACCACCGGUACCGUUUCUUCCACCAAAUUGGAAUGGGGUUCCGGUCAUACCACCCUUUCCUUCCAUCGCUUCUCCUAUCGUCAACGGACGGAAGCGCUCUCUGGAGAGUGAACAUAUCGUGAAGCGUCAGUUACAAACCCAGAAGGCGUUGGUGAACGCCACCACCAGGUCGGCCCCGAGGAGGCUCCGACAAGGGGACGUGACCAGAAGAGUCCCGUUCAACGUCGACCAGUUCGGCAUCCAGGGAAAUCGGAAAUCCGACAAGAAAAGCCAAGUGACCCCGGAAGCGCUCUCCGGCAGUGCAGUGACCCCAGCAUCGGCUAAACCCAGCGCGGCUGGCAAACAAGGAAAGUCAAGACCAAGACCAAGCUCGAAUCCACGUAUUUUCCCCCAAAGGGGAUAAAUUGGCUGACAGGUUUUCGAAUGUUCCCAAUGAAAGUUACACGAAAUGGGUUAGGUCUCUGUUUUUAUCACAAGAUGAAAUAAAUAUUGGGAGAAUAA